CGGGGCAGGUGGAGAAAUGCCGCUUUCCAGGAGCCUGGACUAAGAAGAAGUCCCCACCUCUACAGUUUGCCUCUGUCCAUAGCAAUGCAUACGCAUGUGUUGAGGGAGGCUGUAAAAUGGUCCGUGUAUAUGUAGGGUCCUGGAUGGUCUACAUAUAUGUUCGUGAAUGAGGGCCAUAGGAGGGCCUUGAAUAUAUGUAGAUGUAUAUAGGCAUCCUAGGAAGCCCAUGUAUAUGUGUUAAUCACAGGACACUCUUGUAUAUGUCGGGGGUCCUUGAAAUGCCGUGUGUAUUUAGGUUAUUUAUGAACAGCACAGAUGUGCCUGUGGGGUUUGCUUCAACUUUUCUGGGGUUCAGAUUGGUACAGACCUGACUUGAAGCUCCUGAGUGACCCUAGUACCCAUAGAAUUGCUGGCUGCUCAUAAAACCCUCGUGCAGUAAAAUUAGCCCAAGUUCCAUGGACCUCCUGGUUCUUGGGCCUCAGAUCUUGCCUGCUCUGUGGCCUCUUGCUUGGUAGGAGGCGAGAGACUAACUUCCGGCCCCUCCCUCCCCCACAUUAACCUGGAUCCCCACAGCCGACAAAACUUUUUACAAACAAAGUAAACCUGUGUGUAUUGAUUUCUGAGCCUCAUGACGGAGAUCCAGUUUCUAGGGAUUAUUCUUGCUCUGGGCUAGAUUGAGAUGGGAUGAACUGUGGUAGCCUGGGGCCACUUGGCUUUACUCAGGUUUGCCUCAUUGUCUAAGCGAGGGGCACCUUACGGAAGAAGGUUCUGCUUUCCAAAUGUCUGGGUCUUUGAGUGGCAAGAGAAGACACCGGGUCAGUUAUGAGUCGGGUGUGGAUCAAGACAGACUUCCUGGAGGAAAAGGGAGAGUUCGGGCUGGAGAGGCAAAACACCAUGACUGUCCGCAGGAUGCCCCUCUGCGGGUUGCGCUGGUUGGGCUGGUUUGACCGCUACCCCAAAGCCGGGAAGUUUGAGAUCCCGGGCCUGAACUCCUGACACUCACCAACACUAGCCUCAGGCCUAAAGCGGGACACUAGGGUCCGCCCUCGCCCUGCCUGCGGGGCGGGGCUGCACCUGCCGCUGGGUCCGUCGCUACUGCGCACCUCGGCCAGGUAAACUGUCAGCUUCCGCGUGAGUCUCAGGUCUGAAAGCAGGUGGGUGGCAGUCGUGUCUCAGAUUUUAUGGAGCCUCUGACCUCCAAGACCUCCUGUCCAUCUGGUUGAAUAGACAGAAAGGAGUCCUCCUCAGCGUUCAGUGGACCCAGCUGCUCGGUUAAGGAGCCACCGUGGUGCCAGGGGUGGAACCAGGGUUGAGCCUGCGGUGAAGAGGUCCUGGGAGAGCCAUGGCAGGUGUCUGUGACAGGGUCCCUAAUUUCCUUUCCCCAUCUGAAGACCAAGCCUUGGGACCUGCCCUUGGCAGUGCAGUUGCUUUGAAUUGCACAGCUUGGGUGUUCUCUAGGCCCCAGUGUCCCCAGCCGUCAGUACAAUGGCUAAAAGAUGGUCUGGCAUUGGGCAAUGGAAGCCACUUCAGCCUCCAUCAAGACUUCUGGGUCAGUGACAACUUCUCGGAGAUUGUGUCCAGUGUUCUGGUGUUCAACUUGACCAAAGCUGAGGACUAUGGAACCUUCACUUGUUCUGUCUGGAAUGUCAGCUCCCACUCCUUCACUCUCUGGCGAGCUGGCCCUGCCGGCCAUGUGGCUGCGGUGCUGGCUUCCCUCCUUGUCCUAGUGGUUCUGCUGCUGGUGGCCCUUCUCUAUGUUAAGUGUCGUCUGAACGUGCUGCUUUGGUACCAGGACACUUACGGGGAGGUAGAGAUGAAUGAUGGGAAGUUAUACGAUGCGUACGUGUCCUAUAGCGACCGCCCAGAGGACCGCAAAUUUGUAAAUUUUAUUCUGAAGCCUCAGUUGGAGCGGCGUCGGGGAUACAAGCUCUUCCUAGAGGACCGCGACCUCUUGCCGCGAGCGGAGCCCUCUGCCGACCUUUUGGUGAACCUGAGUCGCUGUCGGCGUCUCAUCGUGGUUCUUUCAGAUGCCUUCCUGAGACGGCCCUGGUGUAGCCAGAGCUUCCGGGAGGGACUGUGCCGCCUACUGGAGCUCACCCGCAGACCUAUCUUCAUCACCUUCGAGGGCCAGAGGCGUGAGCCCAUUCACCCUGCACUCCGUCUCCUGCGCCAGCACCGCCACCUCGUGACCCUGCUGCUUUGGAAGCCUGGCUCCGUGACACCUUCGUCUGAUUUUUGGAAAGAGCUACAGUUGGCACUACCACGGAAGGUGCAAUACAGACCCGUGGAGGGAGACCCCCAAACCCGACUUCAGGAUGACAAAGAUCCCAUGCUAAUCGUGAGAGGACGUGCUGCCCAGGGCCGGGCCAUGGAGUCAGAGCUGGAUCCAGACCCUGAGGGAGACCUGGGUGUCCGUGGACCUGUCUUUGGGGAGCCACCAACUCCACUGCACGAAAGCAAGGUCUCCAUAGGAGAGGGCCAUGCCAGUGAAAUGGAUGUCUCUGACCUUGGCUCUCGAAACUACAGUGCGCGAACAGACUUCUACUGCCUCGUGUCUGAGGAUGACGUGUAGCCCUUAUCCUAGCAGCCCAGAGCAUGACAUCAUGGCGGCAGCUUCCAGGGUAGAGGUGGGCACCCCUUCCUCCUAGGACCACAACAACCCUUGCCUCUAUCCCUGGGCCCCUGGGAAGGAGUGUGGUUUCAGGGCGUCACAAAUAAAAUCCUCUUGGUUCCUGCCUGG